GAUGAACGAGACGAAACAGAUGAAGAUGAAGAAUACGCAAUAUCCUCGAAGCCAAAACAGCUUGGCGGUGAUGUUGUCCGAUGUAAUUAUCUUAUUUUCAACAUUCUGCUCUAUCAAAUUAGGAAACAUUAAAAAAAAUAAGGGCCCACAGGAGCUGUCUGGGCUGAGGCUUUUGCGGGAUUCAGUGUUCGUUUCAGUAUACUCUCUAAGCAAGUAUUUUUUUUUUUUACAUUUUCACUCAAACGAAAAGCGCAUUUUUUAA